UCCAUGCUCCGAACCCUCUGGACCUCUCUCUCUCCUUCCUUCCUCCCUCUCCCCCUCUUUUAACCAAACCUCGCCUCCUCCAUUUCCGCCUCCCCCAAUCUCACGAAAACCUCCGAGCUUUCCCGAUCCUCUCUUCCCGCAAAUUCCGCCUUCACAAAGCACACCAACGCCGCCGCCGCUGCUGCCGCCACCACCACCGCCGCCGGGCCGAUGGCGAAGUACGGCGAGGGCGACAAGCGUUGGAUCGUGGAGGAGCGGCCCGACGGCACCAACGUCCACAACUGGCACUGGUCCGAGACCAACUGCCUCGAGUGGUCCCGCAACCUCCUCACCUCGCUCCUCUCCGACGUCACCCUUCUCGACGGCGAGGGCGACCUCUUCGUCCGGACCGGGAAGGUCGAGAAGGUCGAGGGGGAGGCCUACGUCAACAUCCGCAAGGGCAAGAUCAUCCCGGGGUACGAGAUCAGCGUCGCCCUCCGCUGGGAGGGCGAGGCCAGGGACUCCGACGGGAAGUCCCUGCUCAAGGUCGACGGUACCGUGGAGAUCCCGUACAUUGCCGACGAGAACGCCGACGAGGACCCCGAGGUCAGGGUCCUCGUCAAGGACGACGGGCCGAUCGGGAGGAGGUUGAAGGAGGCGAUGGUGAGCCGGGGGAAGCCGGUCAUCUUGGAGAAGGUUAGGGUUUACGUGGAGAGCAUGGCGAGGGGAGGCCCCGCGAGGGAGGAUUUGGAGACGAAGAAGGUGGCCCCGAAGAGCCAGGCGUCCACACCAGCCGCGGCAGCUGCUGCUGCUGCGGAGAAGAAGGAGGCGGCGGCCGCCGAGAAGAAGGAGGCGAAGAAGAAGAAGAAGGAAGGUUUCAAGACGAUAAGCAUGACCGAGAAGUUCAGCUGCAGAGCGAGAGAUAUGUACGAGAUAUUGAUGGAUGAGAAUAGGUGGAAAGGGUUCACGCAGAGCAAUGCGAGGAUUAGCAAAGAGGUCGGUGGAGAGUUCAGCAUUUUCGAUGGUUCCGUGACGGGGACGAAUGUGGAGUUGCAGGAGGGGAAGUUGAUUAUGCAGAAAUGGAGGUUUGGGAGCUGGCCUGAUGGUAUUCACUCCACAGUAAAACUUACUUUGGAUGAGCCGGAACCUGGUCUGACUGUUGUCAAGCUCACGCACACUGACGUCCCUGAAGAAGAUAGGUAUGGGAAUGCAACUGUGGUGGAGAACACUGAGAGAGGGUGGCGAGACUUGAUCUUUCACAAAAUACGGGCAGUUUUUGGUUUUGGGAUAUAACACUUGAAUGUUUUUUCCUCCUCAAGUGUAGAAUUUUUACCAGGAUGUGUCUUUUCCAGCAAUGAUAUAGAUUGGAUGAGAUUGUAUUGACGUAAUUGAAUGUUUGAUCUUUUAAUCUGAUAAACUGGUCCAUGCGACUCAAAACUUCUUGAAGAACCUGGAUGUCAUGCCUAAUUGUCUGUUCCAAUAAUGAAAUACUUUGAUCCUGCACUCA